GGCGGGCCCACGGGCAUCGAGUUCGCCGCAGAGCUGCACGACCUCAUCUACGACGGCCUCGCCCGGCUCUACCCGGACCUCCUCCGCUUCGUGCGCAUAACGGUGUACGACGUCACGCCCAAGGUUCUGCCCAUGUUCGGCCAGGCCCUGGUCAAGUACGCCAUGGACACGUUUGCGCGCCACGGCAUCGACGUCCGCACAGAACACCACCUGGAGCGGCUGCGGCCGGCAGACGAAGACCUCGGCAACCGCCACGGCGCGCUACGUAUCAAGGUUCAGGAGCUCGGCGACGACGAGGUUGGCGCCGGCCUUGUGUUCUAG